AUGGGUCGCCCACAACGGGGGAGUCGAUCAACACCACAUUUGGUACGCCUGGACCACCACCCCCAGAUUCUGUUGGGCCUCCCCGAGAUGAGUGGCGUCUUACAUGCAAGGAGUACCGCAGUUAAAUUAUGCAAAAGCGGGGAAACUCCGCUGCGAGCAUUCUUCUUGAGAGCACUCUCACCUCGUGACCCACCACAAGAGGAAGAGCAAUAG